CAUUAAUGAAUAGUAAUUGGGCCUCUAAAGGCCCAUGACACCGGCCUUUAUUAUUUAUUUAUAUCAACUAUAAUUUCCCCUUUCCUUACAUUUUGUUGAUUUGUUGAACGAGUCUGUCUCACAGUCAUGGCGGAGAUUGAGCUAAAAACAGCACCUGUUGAUUUUCGUUUUCCUACAACUAAUCAAACCCGACACUGUUUCACUCGCUACAUAGAGUUUCAUAGGUGCACAGCAGCAAAAGGUGAAAACUCAAGUGAAUGUGAGAAGUUUGCCAAAUAUUACCGUUCUCUUUGCCCCGGUGAAUGGGUUGACAAGUGGAAUGAACAGAGGGACAACGGGACUUUUCCGGGACCUCUUUGAAAGCAUGUGUCUGGGAUACCCUUCUGAGGCAUACGAAAAUUCUUGAACAUUCAGUUUAUUUUCUUUAAUGCAUUUCAUUAUCUUCACCUAAUCAUGGUGGAUCAAUAAGAUAGUUUAUGAAUAUUCAUUACUCCACAAAUUCCUGAAGUCAUUUUGCGUUUUGAGCUAAUCUAAUGGCUCUGAUAUUUUAUUUUGUUUGUGCAGAAGAUUGAAUUUAAUCUAUAAAUAAUUUUGUCA